AUGGAAGGACUUUUUGUGUGCGGAAACUUGAUUCAGUCGCCGGACUACUACAGUAUGCAUCGACGGAAGCGACGCCGCCCGAAGUACGUAAGUAGGCAGGGCCCCAGGGCUGCCGCAACUUUGCCAUUCGACCGUUGGCAACGCUCCAACUAUCCCCCCCCCCCCCCCCCCCCCCCCCCCCCCCCCCCCCCCCCCCCCCCACCGCCAGAA